AUGCGUAUAUUAUAUCUGCUUGGCUUCACUUGCAUGGCCGGCAAAGGUUAUGCACACAUGGCCAUGACUAACCCUCCCCCAAUCAAAGCCAAAGGGAACCCAAAUACCCUUCCCGAGAACGCCGACUUCAGUUACACAACCCCAUUAUCCUCAAGCGGCUCCGACUUUCCUUGCAAAGGCUACUUGCAUUUUCUAGGAACCCACGAGGCAGCGCCUGUUGACACAUGGAAUGCCGGUGGUAGCUACUCUGUCACGAUUUCUGGCCAUGCUGUGCAUGCAGGUGGAUCAUGCCAAAUCAGCGUCUCGGUAGACGGUGGCAGUUCAUUCAAGGUCAUACGCAGCUUCAUCGGCGGCUGCCCAAGUGGCGAUGCUACUCAACUCGCAUUCAGACUGCCUGAUGAUAUGCCGUCUUCUGACCAGGCCAUUCUUGCUUGGACGUGGUUUAACAAUCUUGGGAAUAGGGAGAUGUACAUGAACUGCGCCGUAAUCAGAAUUGCAGGCGGAGGUGGUGGAGGAGGCCACGGUGAAAGUUUCAACCAAAGACCAGAGAUCUUCAGGGCGAAUGUGGGAAAUGGAUGCAAGACGGUAGACUCGCAGGAUGUCAUGAUCCCGAAUCCGGGGCCGGAUGUGGAAGUCAAUAAUUCCGAUGCUGUGCCGCCGAUUGGUGACUGUGAGUGA